AUGACGGAUAUGGGAGAUGAAUGUGAAACAGCCGUGUACACCCUCAUGCCCAUGGUCAUGGCUGACCAGCACAGGUCAGUUUCUGAAUUGCUUUUAAACUCAAAGUUUGAUGUCAACUACGCAUUUGGACGUGUUAAAAGAAGCCUUCUACAUAUUGCUGCCAACUGUGGAUCGGUAGAGUGUCUUGUCCUGCUGUUAAAGCGUGGAGCGAAUCCAAACUAUCAGGAUAUCUCCGGCUGCACACCUCUGCAUCUGGCUGCAAGAAACGGACAGAAGAAGUGUAUGGGCAGACUGUUAGAGUACAAUGCUGAUGUUAAUAUCUGCAAUAAUGAAGGUCUCACUGCUAUUCAUUGGCUGGCAGUGAAUGGAAGGACAGAGCUACUUCAUGACCUGGUGCAGCAUGUGUCUAAUGUGGACGUGGAGGACGCCAUGGGCCAGACAGCCUUACAUGUGGCCUGCCAGAAUGGACACAAGACUACAGUGCAGUGUCUUCUGGACAGUGGAGCGGACAUCAACAGGCCCAAUGUCUCUGGAGCGACUCCCCUCUAUUUCGCCUGCAGUCAUGGUCAGAGGGACACCGCACAGAUACUGCUCCUCAGGGGAGCCAAGUAUUUGCCAGACAAGAAUGGGGUUACACCGCUUGACCUGUGUGUGCAGGGUGGUUAUGGCGAAACAUGUGAAAUUCUCAUCCAGCACCAUAGCAGACUGUUUCAGACACUGAUACAGAUGACCCAAAAUGAUGACAUUAAAGAGAACAUGUUAAGGCAGGUUCUAGAACAUGUCUCACAGCAGAGUGACUCCAGCUAUCAAAGGAUCUUGACCAGCUUGGCUGAGGUGGCCACCACAAAUGGACAUAAACUGCUGAGUUUGUCCAGUAACUUUGAGGUCCAAACAAAGAGUUUGCUCCGAAUUAUCCGGAUCUUCUGUCAUGUGUUCUGUCUUGGGCCGUCCUCCCCAAACAACGGGAAUGACAUGGGUUACAACGGAAACAAGACACCACGUAACCAGGUGUUUAAGCCUCUGGAGCUGUUGUGGCACUCUCUUGAUGAAUGGCUGGUCCUCAUCUCCACCGAGCUGGAUAAGGAGAGCACAGACGCAACAACCUCAUCCUCAGGAAAUGACAUUGCGUCACUUUUCCUGAAAAAGCAGGAGGUCGACCCCUCCGUUUCCAGCGAAAAUCCCCCACUGUUGCUGGACGCCAAGUCGGUGAUGAAGACGCCGGAGGGUUACGCCGAUGGUCAGGAUGUCAUCUCUAUGAUAGCCAAUCGCCUGAGCGCUGUGAUCCAGGCCUUCUACAUGUGCUGUUCCUGUCAGAUGCCACGUGGCAUGACCUCCCCUCGAUUCAUCGAGUUUGUCUGUAAGCAUGAUGAAGUGCUCAAGUGUUUUGUGACAAGGAAUCCCAAAAUCAUCUUCAACCAUUUCCACUUCCUGUUGGAAUGUCCUGAGCUCAUGUCCCGCUUCAUGCAUAUUAUUAAAGGACAGCCAUUUAAAGACAGGUGUGAGUGGUUUUAUGAACAUCUUCUGGCCGGACAGCCAGACUCAGAUAUGGUGCACCGGCCAGUUAAUGAAAAUGACAUUCUUCUUGUUCACAGAGAUUCAAUAUUCCGAAGCAGCUGUGACGUUGUAUCCAAAUCCUCCAAUGAGAAACUCAAACAAGGCAUUGCAGUGCGGUUCCAUGGUGAAGAGGGAAUGGGUCAGGGGGUGGUCAGAGAGUGGUUUGACAUUCUGUCCAAUGAGAUCAUCAACCCGGACUAUGCACUGUUUACACAAUCAGCCGAUGGUACCACGUUUCAACCCAACAGCAAUUCUUCUGUAAACCCAGAUCAUCUAAACUACUUCGGAUUUGCUGGUCAAAUCCUGGGUCUGGCUCUCUAUCAUCGACAGCUGGUGAACAUCUACUUCACACGCUCCUUUUACAAGCACAUACGUUUGGAACAAGAACUGCUGUUGUCAGGCAUGCCUGAAAUUGAUGUGAUGGACUGGAAGAAGAACACCGAGUACACUAGUGGCUACGACCUGCAGGAGCCUGUUAUACAGUGGUUUUGGGAAGUGGUUGAAAAUCUCACUCAAGAAGAAAGAGUCCUUCUCUUACAGUUUGUUACAGGAAGUUCAAGAGUUCCUCAUGGGGGAUUUGCUUUUCUGAUGGGCGGCAGCGGUCUGCAGAAGUUUACUAUUGCCGCUGUGCCCUACACAUCAAACCUACUGCCUACCUCUAGUACAUGUAUCAACAUGCUGAAACUCCCAGAAUAUCCCAGCAAGGACGUCCUGCGUGAUCGUUUGCUGGUUGCACUGCAUUGUGGGAGUUACGGAUACACCAUGGCAUGACACUGGCUUUUGCGUUUGCUGAGAAUUCUGCUCUGUGGACACAUCACGCAUACAGGGCUCAGUUCAGGGAUUCUUCAACACUUCAAUUCAAAAGCCUGUAUCUUUAAAUUAUUUUUGGCACAUGAAAUCUAUGACAAGGACAUCAGUAAAUAAUGACAUGAAUUAAUGAUACUUCAGCCACUGAAGCUGUUUUGCAUAUGUGAAAAGGAUGUCCAGGUCACAUUUCACCAUAAAGUCAAAAUAAGAAUUAAUAUUUUGCAUAAAGAAUUUCUUUUUUUGCCUGUUAUUUCCAUUGCUACAAUAGUCAUUUUCUGUAUUACAUCAAAUACACUACUUUUUUACAGGAAAU